AUGACGUCAAUGAUCGAAGAAGCACAGGAGGCAUGGCUUGUGAGAAGCCUUCAUUACAGACCUGAUUUUUUAUGUAAGAGUGAAGUUGUAGAGCUCUUCUGUAGGCAUGCUUUUCGGAAAAGUAGCCCUCCUGAAGGGUAUGAGGUUCUCUCAGAACGCGUAAUACGAUAUGCCGGCUGCCUUCCUUUAGCCCUGAAAGUGUUAGGUGCAUUCUUCCGUGGAGGAGAAGUAAGUGUGUGGGAAAGUGCUUUAGAUAGAUUAGCCGAAGUACCAGAUGGUAAGAUUCUUGACAAACUGAAGUUAAGUUUUGAUGGGCUGCAUGUUCUUGAGAAACAAAUAUUCCUAGACAUUGCAUGUUUCUUCAAAGGGAAAGAGUUAGAACAUGUAACUAGAGUACUCGAUAGUUUUGGUUAUCACCCGGGGAAGGGGGUUAGUGUUCUUAUUGAAAAAUGGCUUACAACCGUUUCAAAUAAAAAGCUAGAUAUGCAUGAUCUCAUACAGGAAAUGGGUUGGCAAAUAGUUCUUGAGAGUUUCCUGGAUAGCAGGUUAUGGAAACUUGAUCAGAUCCAUGAUUUUAUCAAGGGAAAGAAGAAGCGAAAAACAAUUGAAGCCAUAAUGAUGAUGGACAAUGAAUACCUUGUUGAUGACUAUGAUGGAAACUUGGCUACUCGUGCUGAUGUUUUUGCAAAUAUGAAAAAUCUUCGGCUUCUUAAUAUUGAUGGGAAAUUCACUUCUACCAUACCUUCCUUUCUCCCCGACGAGUUGCGAUGGCUUCGUUGGACUGAGUACCCAUUCUUGACUCUGUCGUUAGCAGAUAGGUGGAAGCUUGUUGGGCUUGAAAUGGCGGAAGGAGACCUCAAAUAUUUACGGAAGGGGGAAAAGAUUCUACCAAACUUGAAAUUCGUUCACCUCGAAUGGUUGUCCGGCCUCACAUCAUUUCCAGAUGUAUCUGGGGCCCCAAAUAUUGAGAGGUUAAUCUUGUCAAACUGUUGGAAAUUGGAGGAUGUUCACGAGUCUCUUGGAUCUCACAGAAGGCUUGUUUACUUGGAUAUGAAUGGUUGCAGUAGGCUCAUGCGUCUUCCAUCCAGGCUUGAGAUGGAAUCCUUGGAGACUCUAAUUCUCUCUGGAUGCAAGAGUCUUGAAAGAUUCCCGGAAGUCUCCCCAUGUGCGGUUAAACUAUCAGAAAUAAAUCUUGAUUAUUGCUCUAACAUAAUAGAGUUGCCGUCAUCAAUAAGAUACUUGUCUGGAUUAAGAUUCUUAACUCUCGCAAACUGUGUGAAGCUUAGCAACAUACCAAACUCAAUUUGUGGCUUAAAAUAUCUCAAGUGCCUUCGUCUUCACAACUGCGUAAAAUUGAAAAAUCUUCCAAAGAAGCUUCAAAAAAUGAAAUUGUUAGAAGAGCUCUGGUUAGGAUUUGAUGACUUUAAUAGGCCAGAGACGUGUGUUGGUUUUCAUAUUUUCAGAGCUUUGUCGUCGUUAAGAAAAUUAGAUCUCAGUCGGAGGCAAAUUGGAGAGGAAAGUUUCCCUGAAAAUCCUGAUGCAUUUUCCUCCUUAGAAGAAUUAUAUUUAAGUGGCAACUCUAAAUUAGUCCAGUUACCAUCAAUCAUUAGCCAUCUCUCACGUCUUAAACGCCUAGAGUUGAAUCGGCACAACCAAUAUGAAAUUUUGGGUAUGCUUCCAUCAACCAUACAAGUGUUGAAAGCAAAUGAUUGUACCUCAUUGAGAAAGAUCGGAGAUAUAUCAAUAGUGCAUAAAUGGUUGUAUAAGAUAUGGAUAACUAAUUGCAAGAAACUCCUAGAGGAUGAAGAAAAUCAUAGGUAUCUUACUAAGAUGUCGCAACUAUCUUUCAUUAUGGUGAUUCCUCUAUCCCUCUUAUCCCAUUUGAUUUAUUAA